AAAUGGAAGCGCUGCCACGCCCUGCUGUACCCCGACUCCCCCUUCGGGGUGGCGCGCCUGGAGUUCUACGACUGGAAGGAGGGGCCGGUGCCGGGAGAUAAGGUCCGUCGGGCCUCGGAUCGCAAGGUUCUGCGUCUGGCAGAAUGCAUUUGUGUGGCCCCAGCAGCCUCAGAGAGUGGCCCCAAGGAGAACAUGGUGGCUUUCAGUCUGGAAACCAAUGACAAGACCGUUCUGCUGUCCGGCGACCGCGGCGUCGCCAGUGAGUGGGUUCAGAAAGUGUGCGAGUUGGCAUUCCCGAGCAAAUCAUCAUCUCAGGAGAAGGAACCCCCAGACCCCCCAGUCUCCUCGUCCCUCGAAAUGUCUGUCAACAGCCUCUAUGUGUCCCGAGAGGAGGUGAGUGACUUUCGGGUCACGGUGCAGAGGACGGAGGCUGCAGAGCGCUGCUCGCUCCAUGGUUCCUAUGUUCUGAGGACAGAAUCGGAUUGUUUGCUGCUGAAGGAUCCCAACUCAAAGGAAACGCUUUACUCCUGGCCGUACAAACUGCUGCGCAGAUAUGGGAGGGACAAGGUGAUGUUUUCAUUUGAGGCCGGCAGACGAUGCUCCUCAGGUCCUGGCAAUUUCACCUUUGAGACCUCCCAAGGCCAUGAGAUCUUCCAGCGGGUUGAAUCCUCUAUCCGGGCACAGCAGGGAUCCGACAACCGCUUGAGUUGCCCAACUCUGGACACUGAUUAUGCAACUGAAGUCCCUUUGGAGCUUAGUGUCCCUGAGGCUCAGAAUAAAAUUGGACCAGUCAGGAAGGAUCCAGAGGAGAAACCUCUGAAAGGCCGGACACUUCCCAACCUGCCUGGGCUUAAGUCUACCCCUCAACAUCUUCUUGAGCACUCUGGCCUUGGAGCAAAAUCUGGUAGCUCCAGCACUCCCCCUCGCUCCCCAGUCUCUAGUUCUGCAAGUCGCCAUUUAGAGAUGGAUCAAGAGCAGCUAGCCGGGGUCUAUUCUGAGCCCAAGGAUUCUGUUAAAGUUGUAAAACCGCAGUUUGACCCCCUAUAUUCUGACCCAGUGGACUGUGUAGCUGGUAAAGGUGUGAAAGGAGAAAGGUCCAAAUUGGAUCCCAGUGAGAUGUCUCCUCUGUACUCGGACCUCUAUGAACAUGUAGGUUACGAGACUGUAGGAGCAGCAGUUUCCCCACAACUGCACAAGCGCCCCACUCUUGCCAAUGCCGGCGAGGAGCACAUCUAUGAUGAACCCGAGGGAGUGGCCCAACACUUGGAGGCCCCCCAGGUGUAUUCCGAGGUGCGUGUGGAGGGAGGAGCCUGGAAGAGGCAAGCCACCGACGAGAAGCUUGGUUAUGAGUAUCCGUACAACCCCAACACUGAUGAUUAUUCCGUUCCCAAUUUCCAGGGGCAGCGCAGUCAAGCCCGAAGUCGAGGUUUGGGCCCCAAGCCCGUCCCGGCUCCCAAGCCUCAGGGAAUAGUGAUUGCCAAAGUGGCAGGGAAAGAAGGGGGCUCAUUGGAUAAAGCCUAUGGCUACUCUAACUCACCUAAUAACAACAACAAUAACAGCAACUUGGAAGCCAUAUACAGCCAGGUACACAAAAAGGAACCUCCCAAAGGUGCCCCACCAGCAAUGCAGGAUACGCCCCAUCCUCAGGCAGUGCCCGUAGUGCCACCUCCAUCCAGAGCUCCAUAUGGGCCAUCAGUGGUGCCUUCAGCCAAGGCCCAGUCAGUAGAUAAGCCCCAUCCUCAGGCAGUGCCAGUAGUGCCGCCUCCAUCCAGGCCUCCGUAUGGGCCAUCAGUGGUGCCUUCAGCCAAGGCCCAGUCAGUAGAUACGCCCCAUUCUCAGGCAGUGCCAGUAGUGCCACCUCCAUCCAGAGCUCCAUAUGGGCCAUCAGUGGUGCCUUCAGCCAAGACCCAGUCAGUAGAUACGCCCCAUCCUCAGGCAGUGCCCGGCGUAGCCUCCUCUGUGCCAGUAGUGCCGCCUCCAUCCAGAGCUCCGUAUGUGCUAUCAGUGGUGCCUUCAGCCAAGGCCCAGUCAGUACCGCUUGCUCCCACAAAGCCCCCGCCAUCAAUGCCCCUACCAACCAGACCUGUGAUACCUAAGAACCAGUCUGCGCCAACAACGCCACCUUUAAUGAAACAACCCACAGCUCCGGCCUCUCGGGCAGAUUUAGCCAAUGAAAACACUCCAUCUUGUUUGAAAAUCAGCCAAUUGGCUGGAGGCACGGAGCUUUCUGCCGAUGGCACAAGAAUCUCCUCUAUCUAUGAAGAUAUGGGGGUCCUGUGAGGAGGUGCCCCAGACUGAGACAGUAGGAGGAGCCUGCCUACAGACUGCUGCACACUGAUUGGCUUUGCUUUUAUUUUGACUAUGGACCUGAUGGGGCAUAAGUUUUGGGGGUUCUUCUAAACUCUAGUAUCUAGUACCAACUGUUGGACCUUUUCCUCCGUGAUAUUGCCAGCUCAAGUGAGGGGGGGGCAGUGGGGCAAUUAAAUACAGCCAGGUGACAAGCAGUGCAGGAACCUCAUUUUAACUUUAAUUCUAGACUUAACCCUACUGCCCCUCAUACUGCCCCCUCAUACUGCCCCUCACCUUAGGGGGUUGUGUUUAUCUUAGGCCGAACAUUAACCCCUUCCAGGUUAUUCCUAAUCAUCAUUCCUGUAGCGCUUUAUAUCCAGCUGGUGAUGUACUAAUAAAUGAUAAUUCUGCCAUGUGUUACCGUGGCAACCUGUCA